AUGGAGGACGUCAUCACCGACGUGCCGCCGCCGUCCCGCUUCUCCCCGGACGACCUCGACAACUUCGCCGCUCCGCCAGCGCAGCCCACCCCCAUCCUCGUCGUUUCCCCGAACCCUAGCCCACCGGCCCCGCGCCUCCUCAUCGUCUUCAUCUCCCCCACCUCCCUCGCGCUCCUCGCCUCCCCGCCGCCGCUCCACGCGUCCCUCCUCCUCCCGGACCUGCCCCUGCACCCGCACCCGCACGCGCCCAUCCGCGUGUACCUCCACCCCUCCGGCGCGCUCCUCGCUGCGGCGCACGGCGCCGUCCCCGCCCACCGCGCGCGCGCCGCCGCAAAGGCCCUCGUCUCGAGGCUCCAGCCGGAGGAGGUGCUGGUCCUGGACGCGGUCCGGAGCGGGUCGUACCGGGGCCGCCUCGCCGCGGACGAGCCCGUGGAGGGGAAGCUGGAGACCCGCGCGGCGCGCGCGCGCGGAGGCGUGGGCGCGGCCAGGGCCGUCGCGGCGCUGGCCCCGCCUGGCAGCGUGGUGGACGGGCUCGGCGCCGCCGUGCUCGCGGAGUGCGAGAUCCGGGGCAAGGCGGCCAGCCUGGUGGUGACGUGGCCGGCGGGCGCCAGGCCCGCGGAGUUCGGGGUCACGCGGCGCGUGGCGGCGGAGCUUGGCGUCGACACCGGCAAGGCCGCGGCGAGGGUCUCCGGCCGGCCAGAGUUGGAUGCGUUGUACACUUGA